AUGGAUCGUUCCGCGGGCUCAGAUCAGAUGGCGCUUCCGCUGGCACCACCGCCGUUAUCUUUUCAACCUGCGCACGCAGUUCAGGUGGUGUCGAGCACGUGGGCCAGAGACUCCCAUGACCUGUUCGACUUCGAGGCCCACCACCUCUACACCAAGACCUUCACUGUGCUCCAGUCGAUGGUUUGCGUACGAAAUGGUACCGAAGUAAUGAUGAUGAGAGAGAAUGCGUCGAUGCCUCUGGGCAGCGACCCCUUGCUGAGAAUCAUCCAAAAGGAUGGUCUUUUCUGGGUCGACAAGGCUUCGCCAAACACUGCUUCGAAGAAGCUUUGGCGAGUCGUGCGAGAUGGUCAGCCUUCUGGGCACAACCUCACAGAAGGCGACAUCAUCAAACUGGGCCGAUUUAAGUUCAAAGUCCGUCAGCUGGGCAUGAGCCCAGCCUCCCAGCCAGAGCUGCGACUUGAGGACACGGGUGGCGCCUGCUGUCCGGCACACUUGGACCAUGAGGCCCUUGCGUCCACUCUGUGCCGCAUUUGCUUGCUCGAGGGGUCGACGGAGGAGGAUCCGCUGAUCACGCCAUGUCAGUGCAAGGGAUCGAUUGAGUACGUCCACCUUGGAUGCCUCCGAUACUGGAUUCGAGGGCGUCUGAACCUCACGGAUGGGGCCAGUGGAGGCUCCUACUUCUACCGACCCUUAGCCUGUGAGCUCUGCAAGGCUACGUACCCUACGUAUGUGAACAUGGCACAGGACCGCAUGCCUCUUGUUGAGGUGCCGCGAACAACGCCACCUUUCAUUGUGCUCGAGAACCUGGUGAGAGACUCCCAGCAGCACGCCACACGAGGCCUGCACGUGAUCUCCCUGGCGGAGAAGGUUCUGAAGCUGGGACGUGGCCACGACAGCGACGUCCGCAUCGCCGACGUCUCCAUCUCGCGCUGCCACGCGAUGAUCCGCUUCAGCCAGGGCAACUUUCUGUUGGAGGACAACGACAGCAAGUUCGGAACGCUGGUGGCCAUGAAGAAGCCCCGGCAGCUCGAGCCUGGCAGCUCCGUCUCAAUCCAAAUGGGCCGAACGGUCCUUUGCCUUCAGGUUCAGACGGACCACGGCUACAUCACCGCCCCUCCGCUGCUGCCUUUGCCGACGACUGUGGACGACCCCCGUGCCUCCCGUCUGGCUGUUCUGACCCGAGGGCGCCCCGAGAUUGAUGCGGAGAACCCGUCAUGCGACGCACGAGGCGGCGCAACAACGCAGGGCACGGAGUCCCUAUAG